GGACAACUAGAAAGUCGUGCUAGACUAAGUUCGUCAUGAUCAUUUUUGCUAAAGUGCACAUGGAUAUGGGAAAUUGUAUUAAUGGGUCGUCCUCACAUCACAGCAUCGCGGGCGGUGAUUGUUCACAAUGACGAUGACAUUCGGACAUCACACGCCUGAUGCCGAAUUGCUAAAGAAUGACCCCGACCGUAUUGCGGCGAGCGAGAGUUCCUGCGACGAGCCUUCAUACCUUCUAUCCACGAUGUUCCUCGAUACCGUGGUAGCGUUUGCGCUGUUUCUCAUUUUCCAGGCCCACCAACAGGGAACGGCAACUCUCACUUUUGCGUUCCUUUUCGGUAGCUUGGUGCUCUCGAGAGUCAUUCGCCCAAAACGGCGGGGAAAGGUACUACCUAAGCGUGGUUCUGACUGAUCUUAUUUCCUUUUUUUGAUUAUGAAUGUAAAAAAUGUUGAGAAAUGUGCGCAGUCUUACACUUCGCCGCAGGAAUGUUGCGCCAUGUGUUUUCUCCCUAUAAUUGUGUCUGUGGGCAACUUGAGUAACAUUAUCCUACUUCUUAAGUAACAUUAUCCUGUCUGCGAGGUAACGUCAUCAAGCGCUUUCCUUCAAGACGACGAAAACAACAAUGCGAACUUGGGAAAAGAAACGAUCAAGCACGGUCGCGAGAAUCAUUUUUCCAGAGCUAGAGGUCAGCAGCAGGACAUCACAUCUUCAGGGAGGAAGAGCGAUGACACCAACCCGCGUGUGUCUUGUGCUUCCCGGAUAACGAUUGCGCUCAUCUUGUUUGCGAUUUGUAUCGCGCUUGCGAUACCUCCGGAAGGACAUACUACGAGUCUUUGGGCAACACUUUUCGAAGAUCCUAAGCAGCUGCAGGAUAGAACGACAUGGUCGUCGUUCGUAACAAAAGAAGCAGAACGAGACGCUGGCUCGGAAGUAGUCGAUAGCAUAAUACCGCGCGUGAUUCGCAAACUGGGUUCCGAAAGGGAAGAAAAGAGAAGAUCACUUUCGGUAGGCGAUGAGGAGAACAACGCUGAAAAACUACCCGAUGGGAACAACUUCGAAGACGGCCGCAGUUUUUACGCCCGCAUGAAGCAAACGCUUCUACCUGAUAUUGGUACGUUCGUCGAAGAUGACAAGAAUAGAGCUGCGAAGCCUCCUGAAAUCUCGAACCCGAGCGAAGUGAGGAACGGCGAGUCUGGCGACGCGACGGGGCCAGAGGAUAGCGAUCGAGCUGGUGGGGCAGACACCAAUACGAACAGAACCAAAGAUGACAAUACCAGCUUUCUUGCAUCGACUUCAGUGGAACUGCCAGUGAAGUUACACGCUAAUUACACGUACGUAUCAAAAUGGAAAAUGCCCCGCCCGUAGAAGGAGGUGUAAUUGCUUGUACAUGCAAAGUUUAUUCCAAAGGAGUAGGGAACUAAGUUUUCGGUUCGCAUGGAGGGACUGUGAAUCUGUUUGAUCCAACGCAAAUCUCCAAGGAGAACAAACUAGCCUGCACAUGCAUCCGGCGUCCUCAGCAUGUAGUUGCUGGGCCCUGACCCAUGCAUGGCCCGACCGUGGUCUAUCCUCACAUACAAGGCGGCGCUGUGCUUGUUGGGGCGUCGUCUGACUUUUGCAUUCUGCAAGCAUAUAUUUCAAACUUAGGGGUAGGGGCACCUGUUUUCAUUUUGAUACUACGAGGAGUUUCGCAAUAAAACUGUGUCGAUCGUAAUUCCGACCAAGUUCGAGGAGGCGUACAUCGUGAAAACUAUCAAGUACAUCUACGAAACGACACCAAUAGAGCUGCUGGAGGAGGUUAUUAUUGUGGACGACCUCUCCCCCCAACCAGUUUUGCCGCUCUUUGAGGACGCCUUUCGCGACAAAGACUACUGGAUACUACACCCGGAUGGACACGAAGUCGGCGGCGUGAACACAGGAGAUGAAGGACAUCAAGUCGUUGCCCGCCCUGAAGUAGAAGGAGAACACCAGAUCCAGAGCUCGUCCAGCAGUGCUAGCGGCGCUGCAGCAACAUUCAGCAGCUCGUCCUCCGUGACCGACGUGAUUAAUUCCGCGAGUUUCACGGGCCAUGUGCACGGCGACCCUAACUCCACUUCGAGCAGAACCACAACGCUGGCAACCAGCAUGGAAGCGCUACUGGUGAAUGCAACGUGGGGACCUGUGACGGCGUCGACUACAACUAGCUUGUCGCGCGUCAAAACGAACUACACCGGUUUUUUGUCGUUUCUCACCUCGGAACAGCGGAGCACGUUGAAGAUCCUGCGCAACGAGUAUGAAGGCCUCAGAAUGGAAAUCCUCAAAGUGGAAAUAAUUUCUGACGCAUGGAAUGCGACGGAAAAAAGACUGUAUUGCAGAAAACCCAAUGGAGGCCGACUAUUGUCCUGCUAGGGGUGAAGAAUUGGAGUGCAGCUUAGCAUGAGAGAAGGGCACCCCUUUGCCUUAACCUGCAUGACAGACAUGCUUUAAGUGCCCGGGAAAUUUGUCACGCGCCGACUACAAAUGGCGCUUCAACUGGAGUUGUUUUUUUGCAUUACAAAUUAUUUCCACUUUGAGGAUUUCCAAUCUGAGGCUUUCAUAACGAGGUGCACCAGGGUUUGAUCCGCUCGAAGAUCCAGGGGGGACACAUUAGCUAUCAACUGUAGAAAUGUCUGGGUCUGGGAGAAUCCAACUUGUCAUGCUGAUUUUCGAUUCUAAAAAAAUCUGUAUUGCAUGAGGAGCAAAGAGAUUCCAAGUUUUGCUACACGGAAAGAGCAUUUGUCAUGCGGUAUAGGCAUCAGGAAGCCCUCACAAAAUCUGUGAUGCUAGGGCAUGCAUCACCAGACAUCAGGAGCAGUCAUGCAAAAUGUGCAUGACAAACCUGGCAAUCUUCCAGACCCAGACACUUUUACAUUUGAUAUUAGCACGGGCAGCCACAUCUUCUUUCUGGACGGCCACUGUCAACCCUACAAGUUCUGGCUGGAGCCGCUGCUGCGCCGCGCGUUGGAAAACGACCAACGCAUCGUCCUGCCACUGGUCGGAGACAUCAACGCCACGAAUCUUGACAAGUGGGCCCCGAUCGGAACCAGCGGCGGCGCGAAAAUGAUGUUCGAAUGGAAUUUCGAAUUCGACUGGUUUGACGACGGCGGUGACGACGUGCCCAUCAUGAGCGGCGGGCUCCUGCUCAUGAGCCGCAAGUGGUGGGACCUAGUUAUGGCGUUCUCAACUGUUACAUUCUAAACUGUUACAUGGAUUUGUCAUGCAAAAACACCAUUAUCAUCCUCACGAUCAAGCUGCUCCGCAUGACAAAUUUGCGGAGGGCUCACUAGCACUAUAAUCCGUCCCAAAUCUGUAAUGCAAAAGGCGCAAUCUUCCUCCUUUCACUUUUGCCCUUCUUGCAUUACAAAUUCGUGUAACAGUUCAGAAUGUAACAUUUGAGAACGCCAUACUAGUGGGAGGCUACGACGACGGCAUGGCGGAUUGGGGCGGGGAAAAUAUCGAACAGAGCAUAUCAAAAUGAAAAAUCCCCCCUCCCCAUAUCAAAAAAGAAAUUUGUGAUGCUGAUUUGUGACCACAAAUCAGCUUUGUAUUGCAGAGAGGCACUGCGGCCAGCUCCCCAGGCUAGGUAGGGGCGUAUGGGUCUAGUAGUUCAGCAUGGCUAACGGCCCUCCUUUAGGCCCAACAGCAUGACAAAUCGCUUCCAUAAUGGGGCGGAAGCUUCUGCCCUUGUCUUCUUGCAAGACAGAUGUGAUUUGUGACCUCAAAUCCGCAACACAAAUUUUUGGAACAUACCAUUUCAAUAGGGGGAGGGGGGAUUUUUCCUCUCAAUAAAGCAUGCGCACCUGGAUCUGCGGCGGCGAGGUGGUGGUGGAGCGGAACAGUUUAGUCGGCCACAUUUUCACCCGGUAGUGCACUUUGUUUCUUCUUCAUCAAUGAAAAAUUAUCGAGUUGGUUGUACCAUGCGCAAGUGCAGGCUUGGAAAGCAACAUGAGUAUUCUGGGUCUUUUUGUUCAGCUGCACAACUGAAAUACUAAAUGCGUCAGGGAUUGGGAUACAUACUUUACUGUUUUUUUGUUUAAUGCGGAAAAGUACGCGCAGCUCUGAUGUCCUUGGAACUGAAAACAUUACUUCGUUCUUUGCGUCCCAGGCCCGCGAACCCGAAGAAAGUUCGGCCAAAAUCCGUGGAGCGGAACAAAGCGCGGGCUGCGUACGUAUGGCUGGACGAGUCGUACGAGAAGCAUUUUCUGCCGGAGCAGGAUAUCUUGCAGAAAAGUAUACCCAUACGAGUGUCAUAGCGAAUUUGUGUUUCUGUUUUCCUUUGACAGACCAUAGGAGAGGCCGACGUUUUUUGUGAUGUACAAUACUUACAGUUUGUUCGUAAUGAUAAUGUAUCCUGCAGUUUGGUGAGUUGUAGUAGUAGAGAAAACUUUGUAGUCUGUUGUCAUGCUGCACAGCCAAAAAGAGCCGCAGCACAAAUUUAUUUGUCUUCUGGUAUGCAGCUUCUAAUACAGGACGAACGAAGCUUGCGCUAAAUUGUUUUCUGGUAUGGGUGUACUUUUCUGUGGAGUACAGGAGCACGCUCGGAAAAUGGACUUGGGGAACUUCUUGCUCACCCGCGUGCUCUUUCGCCACGAGUUCCCGACCUGCAACGAGCGGACCUUCGACUGGUGGUUUUCCGAGAAGUUCUACCACGUCUUCGAGACCCGCGGCCUGGUCCUGUCGGAAGCCCACCACAUUCGCCACACGGUCUCCGCGCUCUGCCUGACCGGAAAAGACAACGGCAAGGAGGAGCUUGCCACCGUGCACCUGCAGCCGUGCGACGCCUAUAACCAACACCAAAAGUGGUCGCUGAUCACCAACGCCACACGGCUCGUGAACCACAAGCUGAAAAAGUGCCUGGACCGGGGGAACGACGAGAAGCGCAAGACUCCAAUCCUGUACCAGUGUGACCACACCAACGCCAACGCGAACCAGAUGUGGACCUUCGGGAAGCAAAAGUGGGCGCCGAAGCAGGGUGUCCGCUUCAACAACCACGUCGAUAACGAGCACGCGUUUGUGCACGAAAACAAGGUGCUCUACACCGGUGCCAUCGUCUCGGAUUUGAAUAGCAAAGCCUUGGCUGUGUCGGUGUCCUCGUUUCGGCCGCUGAAAUGCCUUACGUGGAGCGACUCGGCAGAUAAGCAGGACUACGAUCUGGAGGAGCACACCAUCGACGACGUCUUCAAUGUGAACACGGACACGCUCGAUUACUACGAUAAGCUGGCGGCGAAAGUCAUGCGGCGCCGCACCGCGAGAAUCGUGGCGUCGCAAAAUAACAGGAGCCAUCCCUUGAGUAAAGGGGACGGCGUUCUUGACAGUCCUGCAGACCAUCUUCGUCAAGAUGCAGCGAACAGCGGGGCUUCAGCUGCUGGUGGACAACUAGUGCAGCCGGAUGGUCGUGGUGGUACAGCGGAGGAUGGACUGAUAGGAACGGCAGACGAGGAACCAGGACCUCUCGGAGAGCACGAAGAAGAUGAGCAGAUGAGUGAAAGUGACAGAGAAUACCGUAAACAGAACAAGAACUACGACGCAGUACUUCGGCGGAGCGAUAGCGAGGAGGAGACAACGGAGCCACCACCCACUGACGAACCUGGAAUGGUGGAGUGUGCCGGAGUAGGCAUUGCAGACGUGUCUUGGUCUGGAACGUGUGGUGCGCGAAAUUUGCAUUGCUGAACGAGCGUGGUGCUAGAAAUAUGCAUGAAAUUGGUAUGACUAUGAUUCUUCUUGCUUCUUAAUGCAUUAUGGUGCUUCACGCAGCUACGGUAUAUACAAGUUCAACUUCUUAUUUCUAAAGCAAAUUCACCUUUAUAUAUAUUGAUAUUCAUAUUCUCAUCCGUGGCCGUGCCACACGCGAAGUAAAAACCGCUUAGAAAUAAGGUCCACCAGGGCUGGCUGCCCACGGCAGUCAGUUUCUCAUCGAUGAUGAAUUUGCAGUACUUAUGACCACGAGAACUUUCCACCCCCAGGCAGGUUUGCAAUGCAUACGGAGAGAGCGAUGCACAGUUUGCCGAAUAUUUGUUCGAUAUUAUUUGGUAAAUGCCACUGCCAGCAUGCCCAUACCAUUGCUGCGGAGGGCAGGGCUGCUGAAUUUCCGGCUGAAGCAUACGACUUUACCGAGUUUUUGUAUGAUGAGGAACAAAGAUGACGUCUGCGGAUGCGGAUCUCGUAGAGUUCAGACUCACUCGUAAUGUACUUGCGCAGUAACUAAUGUAUGACAUGCCGUGAAGACCGACGAAAGUGAGCCGUCUUACAUUUACCCUCGUAUCUGCUCGGAUUCGGAUGCCGCUAUCUGUAACACUGUGCAAGGUUAUCGUGUACCCUCAACCUGUAUCUAUCAACGUAGAAUGAACAUCAAAAUGUACUAAGUGUUAUUCACGAAAACAGAUUGCUUUGACCCUGAGUGAGGGUCUCUACCCUUGAAAUGUUUCCUAACCAUGUAUGAUUCUUUACUUACUGGAAUUCGAGCCUGACUCUGCUGCGUUGCAGCUGUAUGUUAGGCGUUUCACCACGCGAGUGAAGAAAU